AUGCUGCUGUACAUUACUUUGGGCUUGCUCGUGCACUUCGUGUUCUUCGCCUCCAUCUUCGACAUUUAUUUUACCUCUCCUUUGGUUCAUGGAAUGACUCCUCAGUUUACACCCCUGCCUCCCCCAGCAAAACGAUUAGUGCUGUUUGUCGCUGAUGGCCUGCGAGCAGAUAAACUUUUUGAAUUAGAUGAAGAUGGAAAUUCUAGGGCACCAUUUAUUAGGAACGUCAUAAUGAACGAAGGCAGCUGGGGCAUCUCUCACACGCGUGUGCCGACCGAGUCUCGGCCCGGACACGUGGCCAUGAUUGCAGGGUUUUAUGAAGAUGUCAGUGCAGUUGCCAAAGGAUGGAAGGAAAAUCCCGUGGAAUUUGAUUCUCUCCUUAAUGAAACCAGGUACACGUGGUCCUGGGGAAGCCCAGACAUCGUGACUAUGUUUGCCAAAGGUGACCUUGGAAACCAUAUUUUUGCACACACUUACGAUGCAUCCAGUGAGGAUUUUGGUGCCCACGAUGUAACAAAACUGGACACAUGGGUUUUUGAUCAUGUGAAGGAAUUCUUUCAUGCUGCCAGAAACAACCAAUCUUUGUUUUCUAAAGUAAAUGAAGACAAAAUAGUUUUUUUCUUACAUUUAUUAGGAAUAGACACAAAUGGACAUGCACAUCGACCAUCAUCAAGGGAAUAUUCAGACAAUAUUAAAUUAGUUGAUAAAGAAUUGAAAGAACUUGAGUCUACUAUUAAAGGUUUUUAUGGAAAUGAUGGGAAAACAGCAUUUAUCUUUACCGCUGACCAUGGAAUGACAGACUGGGGCUCCCAUGGAGCUGGUCAUCCUUUAGAGACUUGUACUCCUUUUAUCGCUUGGGGAGCUGGAAUCAGGCUUCCCCAGAAAGUGUCAGCUCAGAAAUUUGAUGACUUAUAUUUGCAAGAGUGGAAGUUGGAGAACUGGAAGAGACGUGAUAUUAAUCAGGCUGAUGUUGCACCGUUGAUGGCAGCUCUUAUUGGAGUUCCCUUCCCUCUUAAUUCAGUGGGAAUCAUUCCUGUGGACAUACUUAAUACCUCUGAUCUCUUCAAAGCAGAGAGCAUGUUUACAAAUGCAGUACAGAUUCUUGAACAGUUCAAGGUAAAAAUGACUCAGAAAAAAGAAGCUACUUUACCGUUUUUGUUUACACCAUUUAAGUCUCUAUCUGAUACUAAACAAGCCAACAUUUUAAGAAAAGCAAGAUACUAUAUAAAACAGAAAAAGUACGAUGAAGCAGUCUCCCUGUGUCAGCAGCUGAUUAACCUCGCCCUGAGAGGCCUGUCCUACUAUCACACUUACGACAGGUUCUUCUUGGCUUUCCACGUCGUCCUUGGUUUCGUGGGAUGGACCUCUUACGCAUCGCUGCUGAUCAUCAAGUCUCACUGCAACCUUAUGAGAGGUGUUAGUACAGAGGUCAAGAGCCCAAGCCGGCUCCUCCCGUGCACGUUUGUAGCUAUUGGCGUUUCUGUGGCGUUUUUCCUGCUGAUUCAGGCCCGUCCCUGGACUUACUACCUCUACUGUCUGUUGCCGUGGCCGAUAUGGCAUGCGGUUCUGAGAGAAAUGCCAGUUAUUCAAGGCUUUGUCACCUUACUGUCGACCUUCCCUCCACGACGCUUCCUUGGCUACCUCUUGCUCUUUAUCCUGGGAGUUGAAGUAUUAGUGCUCAGUUUUUUCCACCGCUAUAUGCUCACAGCUGGGCUCGUUGCAUUUGCCGCUUGGCCAUUUAUCACUCCACUGUGGACUCGAGCAAAGAGUAUCUCGCUGAGUUGGAUUUUCUUCUGUUUGCUACUGGCCGUGUUCCCACUUAUGCCUGUUGUAGGACGACAGCCGGAUAUCUUUCUAGUAGUGGGUGCAGGCUUUCUGGUUCUUCUACUAUCCCUGUUUGUUGUAACAUCUAUCAUAAAAAGAAAAGACAGUUUUAUAAAUGAAGAGCUGGUGUUACAUCUAUUACAGAUGCUGAGCACCGUAUUUUCCAUGUGUGUUGUGUAUGGCACCCAUAACAGUCUACUCAGGAAACAAGGAUUGCCUCUUCUUAAUCAGAUUGUUAGCUGGAUGAUAUUAGCCUCCUCCUUCGUCAUGCCACUCCUGAGCCCACCCUUCCUCUUGGAUCGACUGUUCAGCAUCCUUCUGUCCUCGAUGUCGACCUACCUACUUCUAAGUACAGGGUAUGAAGCUCUCUUUCCGAUAGUGUUGUCAUGUUUGAUGUUUGUCUGGAUACACAUGGAACAAGAGACCCUGCAGCAAUCCGUUGUUUCCUGUAAACAGAAGGUCUCCACCAUCCAGUUCACCUGCAAUACCGACGCAGCCCAGUGUCGAGACCUCUGCCUGGAUGACAUCCGCAGGGCCUUUUUCCUUGUUUUCUUCUUAGUGACAGCCUUUUUUGGAACUGGAAAUAUAGCUUCUGUUAACAGCUUUGACCCUUCCUCCGUCUACUGCUUUCUGACCGUGUUUAGUCCUUUCAAGAUGGGAGCCCUGAUAAUGUGGAAGAUUUUAAUCCCCUUUGUUCUUGUGAUGUGUGCUUUUGAAGCUGUUCAGUUAACUACUCAGUUAUCUUCUAAAAGUCUUUUCCUCAUGGUUAUCACCAUAUCAGACAUCAUGGCUUUGCAUUUUUUCUUCUUGAUCAAAGAUUAUGGCAGCUGGCUUGAUAUUGGAACGAGCAUCAGCCACUACGUGAUUGUCAUGUCCAUGACCAUCUUUAUGGUGUUUCUCAACUGCCUGGCUCAGGUACUCACGACAAAGAAACUCAGUCUGUGCGGCAGACCCAAAAGCCACAUCAUAUAA